GUGAAAUUUGUUCAAUAAUGCCCUUUCCUGUUCUCUCUUAUGCCAAAAACACUAAUCGUACAGUUCACUCCCAUACGAUCUUGUCUUGUUCAUCUCCCUGGGAAAUGGGUGAACGCUCUUCUUGAUCAAAAAAAGUUGCCACAAAAUGUCAUUUUAGAAAUCUCGCCAGUAGAUCAAAAGACAACUAAAAAAGUGUACUGUGGAUGGUCUGGAGAAUCAUCAAAGCCUUUGCCACCUAAUUCUGUAUUCACUCUCGGACCAAACGGUAAAUUGGACGUCUUGGAAAUGGAUCCUCAGUUAGGAACAGCCAUCGGUUUGCAGGAAGGACAAAAGGUCAAUGUUGACUUUUGCAGAAAUGUACCCGAAUGCAGCACGGUUCAUGUCGAGCCUUUGACGGAAGACGACUGGGAGAUUCUCGAAUUGCACGCUGGUUAUGUAGAGGAUAACCUACUCUCUCAAGUACGUACUGUAUACAACAACCAGGUCAUGUGUGUUUGGAUUCAUGGAAAGACUCUGGUUAAAUUGGUUGUGGGUGGCAUUGAACCAAAACACGAGUAUGCAAAGUUGACCAACCAGAGUGAAGUCAUUGUAGCGCCCAAAGUCCGAAAGUCAACACAGAGUUCACCUAAUGAAGAGAGCGCUCUUACCUCAGGCGCACCCAAGAAGACGCAGCCAUCAGUCACGGUGAGAGCAGCUCCUUGUGAUGAAUCUGUAGGCGAUCUAUGUGUUCAUGUUCACCCAGAUUGUAUAGCAUCUUUAAGAAAUGAAAAUGGGCAGGCACCUCAGCGAGUGCGAUUAGCCAAGUUAGUACCAUCCUUUCUUACAUUCAGUUCCAAUCGACGUGAAGAAGAACAACAGCAGGAGACAGAAGAAAUACCGAUCGUAAAAGCCUUAUUUGCUACACUUGUGAUAUCUACUCAAGUGCCAUUGAGACAUGUGAUGAUAGGAUCCGUAUUGAAAAAUUCUCUGGAGAUUAAGGAUUUUGAUAUGAUUAAAAUAUCAACCAUCGGAAUCAAGAAAAGUUCAGCUGGAUCAUUAGUGUUAAGGCGAUUUGUAGCACCUACAGGUCCUGCAUCAACCAUCAAAUUAGGUUUGGAAAGUUCUCAGCAACAGGCACAGCAAAAGCUCCAAUUUGAGGCAGACUGUACGACUGCGGCUAAAGAAUGGCUGUCAACGCAAAAGGGAGAGUAUGUCAUUAGCCAAGGAAUGGUCAUUGACCUAAAAGUCAAGGACAAGGUAGAGCAAUUUUUAAUUCAGCUAGCAACAGGCCAGGGCCUCUUUUCAUCUUCAACACUUCUACAAGAUGAGGAACAGUUUGUUGUACUUAGUCCAAAUCAAAAGCUGUCCAUUGAGUUUGGUGAAGAUAUUUCGAAAGCACCCUCGGUUGAUAGUAAGAAGGACGAAAGCGUGUCUAUCAAAGUAGGUGGUGUAGAUAAACUACUGAGUAGAAUAGAACAAUAUACUUUAGCAAAUCUUGCAGAAAAAGAGCUCAAGGCAAGUCUUGGCGUGCCCGGGUCUGGUGGCAUCCUUCUUACAGGAGCCCAUGGUUCAGGAAAGACCAGUAUAGUUCAUCAAGUGAUGCGAUCAGUUAGAAAGUCCUUGAUAUAUACGUUACCUGUCAAUUGCUCUGAACUAAGUGAUGAGCGUAUACCCGUCAUUAAAGAAACUCUUCAGAAAUGGCUUGAUGAAGCAGCAUGGCAUAGUCCGAGUUUAAUAUUUUUCGAUAACCUUGAUCGACUGAUCCCUGCAGAACUUGAGCAUGCGGAUUCGACAAGAAGCCGUCAUAUUGCCGAACUAUUUGUCCGCAUGAUUUCAAGAGCUUGCCAAAGACAUGCUAUUAUGAUUAUUGCUACAUCGCAGCAACAGCAAUCCAUUCACCCUGCAUUGAUUACACAUCAUGUGCUGAGUGAACUUUGUCAUCUUCAGCCACCCAAUAGAGAAGAGCGUAAGCUGAUCAUGGAAACUAUUAUGUCACAAGGAUCUGAUGUUCUCAAGAAGAGUUUACCGAGCAUUGAUCUUGUUUCCGUUGCAUCCGAAACCGAGGGUUUCCUUGCAGCAGACAUAAAGGCAUUUCUUGAGCGAACUGUACACGAAGGCGCAGUUAGAAGUAUUAAGAAAAAGAUGGAUGCACUCAAACAAGGAGUUGCAGUGGACAAUGCUGAUCUCACUUUGAUUCAAGCAGACUUUUCAAAGGCUCGUCAAGGCUUUGUGCCAUCUUCGCUUCGAGGCGUGAAGCUGCAGAGUUCUGGUGUAAACUGGUCGGACAUCGGAGGUCUAAAUGAAACAAGAAAAGCGUUACUUGAAACACUAGAAUGGCCCACCAAAUAUGCAGCCGUCUUCUCUCAGUGUCCACUUAGACUACGUUCGGGUCUAUUACUCUAUGGCUACCCUGGUUGUGGAAAAACACUAUUAGCAUCCGCGGUUGCCAAAGAAUGUGGUUUGAACUUUAUCAGUGUGAAAGGGCCUGAAAUUCUAAACAAGUAUAUUGGUGCAAGUGAAAAAUCCGUACGAGAUCUAUUCGAAAGAGCACAGGCUGCUAAACCUUGUGUGUUAUUUUUUGAUGAGUUUGAUUCUAUUGCACCACGAAGAGGCCACGAUAGUACAGGUGUGACAGACAGAGUAGUCAAUCAAAUGCUCACACAAAUGGAUGGCGCAGAAGGAUUAGAUGGAGUUUAUGUGUUAGCAGCAACAAGUCGACCUGAUUUGAUUGACCCAGCGUUAUUAAGACCUGGUAGACUGGAUAAAGCCUUAUUGUGUGGGAUGCCUAGUGUGGAGGAAAGAUUAGAGAUACUGCAAGCACUGUCUUCUAAAAUGAAGCUGGCAGCGAAUGUGGAUUUGAGGGUCUAUGCAGAAAGGACAGAAGGGUUUUCUGGAGCAGAUCUUCAGGGGUUCUUAUAUAAUGCACACUUGGAGGCUAUUCAUGGAAGUAUCCAAAUAGAAACAUUUAAAGAAAGCAAUGACAACAAAAGACAAGAAAAGCAGAAUGAAUUUGUAAUGAAUGAUAAUAACAAAGUAGGAUUGACAUUGGCUGAAAAGGGACAAAUCUCACAAAGGCUGGCAAUGAUAAAGAAGGAAAUACAAAAUGUUAAAAAAGAAACACCAGUGAAAUCUGAAGUAGUUCAGCCUCAAAAUGAAGCAGAAAUAACUAUUGAUUAUCUCGAGUCAUCAUUGAGAUCGACAAGACCUUCGAUUACAAUAGAAGAAUAUUAUAGACUAAAGGCAAUUUAUGAUGAAUUUGUUACUGGCCGAACAGGUGAAUUACCUUCAGGGGAAGCUGCAAAGGGUAUUGGCAAACGCUCCACUCUUGGUUAAAAUCUAUUAAUAGAAUAUUUUAAAUUCAACAACUCCCCUUUUUUUUCUCUUUCUGUCUGUCUGUCCCUCUUUCUUUCUCUCUCUUAAUAU